CUCAUAGUUUAAGGAGGUUUAAUUUGCUAGUUUGAACCAAUUCGAUCACCUUUCACUGCGUUUUCUCUUAUUUCGGUUUAAAGCUAAUUCGAUCACCAACCAACCCAGUGUUUGAGUCGUUUUAGGUAAGACUAAGCGGCAAAUUUCUAACUACUAGCAAGUAGCAACCUGAGAGAGAGCAGAGCAAAGCUUCUUAGAUUGUUUUUUCUAAGAGGAAAUGAUGAAGAAAACCAGCAGGAAAGGGAAGGGAGGCCGAGCUUGUGUUGUUGUUCUUGGUGAUCUUGGUCGAAGUCCUCGUAUGCAGUAUCAUGCUCUUUCUCUUGCCCGCCAGGCAAAUUUGGAGGUGGACAUUGUUGCUUAUGGAGGCUCUCAGCCCCACUCUGCACUUCUAGAGCACAGAUCUAUUCAUAUUCAUACCAUGACACCGUGGCCAAAAUUCCUUCAAAAUCUGCCGUGGAUAUUCCGACCUGUAACACUACUGGUCAAGCCACUUGUUCAGUUUCUUAUGCUUCUUUGGUUCCUUGUUAGAAUUUGUUCACCUGCCUUCUUCAUUGUGCAGAAUCCUCCUUCUGUUCCAACGUUAAUUGCUGUAAAAUGGGUUAGCGUUCUAAAGCGGUCUGCAUUUAUCAUUGAUUGGCAUAAUUUUGGCCAUACUUUGCUUGCCCUAUCCCUAGGAAGAAACAGCAGUUUUGUUGCUGUAUACCGUUGGAUUGAAAAGUAUUUUGGGAAGAUGGCAGAUGACUCCUUUUGUGUCACGAAGGCAAUGCAACAUGAAUUGGCUGAAAACUGGGAUAUAAAAGCCACUGUUUUCUAUGAUCAACCUCCAGAGUUUUUCCACGUUGCUUCACUUCUGGAAAAACAUGAGUUGUUUUAUAGGCUACAUAGUAAUAUUAUUCAACCUCUUGGUCUUCAAGAUUGUGUUAGCUAUGGUGCAGGAAUGUUAGGUCAUGAGCAUCAGGAGACUUUUUCAACUCGCCUGGUGGGCAAGGAUAUUUUUUUGAAGCAAAACAGACCUGCAGUUGUUGUGAGCAGCACAAGCUGGACACCAGAUGAAGAUUUUAAUAUCCUUUUAGAAGCUGCAGUCAUGUAUGAUAGGCGUGUUGCUGCCCUCCUAAAUGAGGAUGAUUCAAUUCCUGACGAAUUUGUCUGGAAAGAAAUCUAUGAUGAAAAGCAAUGUUUAUUCCCUCGGCUAUUAUUCAUCAUUACUGGUAAAGGGCCUGACAAACAAGAGUAUGAAGAUAAGAUCAGUAAAUUACACCUUAAGCGUGUGGCAUUUCGUACAAUGUGGCUGUCUGCAGAGGAUUACCCAUUACUUCUUGGAUCAGCAGAUCUUGGUGUUUGUUUGCAUACUUCUUCAUCAGGCUUAGACCUUCCGAUGAAGGUUGUCGAUAUGUUUGGUUGUGGACUUCCUGUCUGUGCAGUUUCCUACUCUUGCAUCAACGAACUUGUGAAAGUAGGGAAAAACGGUCUCCUCUUUUCAUCAUCGUCAGAACUAGCAGAUGAACUAUUGAUGCUUUUCAGAGGAUUUCCCAAUGAAUGCAAUGAUUUGCACUCACUAAAAAAGAGCACAGUAGAAAUGGGUUCUCGUAGGUGGUCUACUGAGUGGGAGGAGCAUGCUAAACCCUUAAUAUCUCAGGUUAUAACUCAAUACCAGGAUUAAUUUAUUGUUACAUCUGGACACAUGAAGGCUCCCAUCAUGCAGACUUGGGCUUCUCUUUAUUUUUCUCCUCACAGACCUUUGAUUUCUUCAAAGGUUUGAUGGGUAAUUGUGAGUGCUCUUUCCUUUGUAAUUAUGGUUUUGUUUUAUUUCAUUAACAUAAAAGGAUGUAAUCUUGUGCCUUACAAUACAUGAUGAACAUAUAAAAAAUUUGACAAGUAAAAUUAUUGUUGUGACAAAAUCAUCUGGACGA